AAGUUUAUAAUUAAUAUAGUACAGUAGGUAGAUAGAUAAAUAGAUGGAUAGUUUAGAUUUGUGCAUCUUAUCUUAAUCUUAAAAUGCAAAAGUUGGUUUUGUUAUUCAAAAAAAAAAAAUCUGAGUCGCACAAGAACGAUGCUAGGGGUGUAGCCGGAGCUUCUCCUCGCUUUGUAAGCCAAAACUCCGUGCGCGGAGCAUCCUACCACGUUCCCGAAGUCGAAAUAGUCUUCAUCUCCAUCUUCGAGUAAACACGCCGACCGGCGACGACAUGUUGUCUCACUUAUCCGUUCGGAAUGUCACCCGAACAGCACUGGGAUGGGCGGCCAGCCCAGUAGGACGCCUGGCUCGCGUCGAGGUCCUGGUGACCCUCAGCUGCGGCUUGCUCGCCUUGCUGGUUUUCCUCGGCUCUGGCCGCCGCGCUAGCGCUAGUGGCUCCUUUCGCUUCAUCGUCUGGGCGGCGCUCAUGCUCAGCUACCCCGCCGUUUCCUACACCAUCGGGCUCAUGCAGUCUGCCUACUUCCGCAACGAGCUCGUUGUCAUCUGGGGGUGCUUUCUGUUGCUCAUCCUAGGCUGCGCCGACGGCAUCGCUGCCUACAGCCUCGAGGACUUCGACCAGCAAGCCCGCACCAUGCUCAACCAGGCCCUCCAGGUCAUCUACGUGCUCACCCUCCUGAUCUCCUACGCCAGCUCGUUGCCGAAGCAGCUCGCGAUUCCCCUCUUCGUGCUCUGGUUCUUGAGCGCCGCCAAGCUCGGGAUGCGCUUGAGGAGCUUCCUGCUUUCCGGCCGCGACCGCGUCCUCACCUUCGACAACAAGCUGAUGGCGGACUUCAUGCUCAAGGAGCACGGAUUCUGCGGAGCAGAAUACGACGCCGUCAAGAUGACGGGCUACAAGUACGUGGUCGCCGGCGAGACGAACCAGGAAGGUCUCGGCGAGCACGGCAUCCGACGAACCAACGACCUGGUCACGGUUGACCUGGUGUGGCGGUGCGAUGGUGAGCUCCUGGGCGGCGGCGACGAGGCAGCCGGCAAGCGCAGGGAUCUGUGCCUCUCCUUCGCGCUGUUCAAGCUGCUCCGGCGCCGCCUCGGCGGGUACCCUAUCCACGAGGCGCGCCUCAACAAGACGCGUGACUUCGUCUGGAAGGGUCUCCUCGGCGAGGGCCACGACCACGAGCGCAUGUUCCGCGUCGUCGAGGUCGAGCUGGGCUUCCUCUUCGAUUUCUACUACACAAGGCACCCAUCACCCAAAGAGACUCUCAUCCCAGACACGGCCGUGUUUGCCGCCGUCGUCGCGACGAGCCUGUCCGUCCUGCUAUCCUCGACGCUGCUCCGCUACCAACCACCUGAGCAGAGCACGGCGAGCUGCGCGAUCAAAAUUGCCACCACCGGCUUCGACAUUUGGUUGACAAGGAUGGUCAUAAUCCUGUUCCUGAUCCUGGAAUCAUUUCAGUACUUCGCUCUGCUGUUCUCGGAUUGGUUCAAGGUGAAAAUGCUGUGUCGGUACGUGCUCGAACCGUGCUGGCACGGCCACCCCUUCUGGGAGCCGCUCCUGCGGCUCAUGUGCCGUGUCAGACUGACGCGGUACUGGAACAACUCUCUGGGGCAGCACUCGCUCCUGCACGCGUGCUUCCAGACGGAGAACUCGUGCAUCUUGCGAGCGCCGCUCCCUGAAUCGGCCAAGAACUUCCUUCUCCGGUUCAAGACGACGCACCAGCAGAGCUUGCCUGCUCCGGUGAAGCUCGCAAUAUAUCGGUCCCUCAAGUCCGGGCGGGGGCGGCUCCGUCAUGGCGAGUGCGCGCUGGAGCGCAAUGAGAUGCUGGCCGAACUCUCCUGGGCGAUCGACCAGGAGAGCACUGUCCACAGCAUCCUCAUCUGGCACGUCGCCACCACGAUGUGCCACAUGCAGUUCGGGACGACGCCGUCGGGCGGCCGUCUCAUCAAGAGCCACCAGGUGGCCACGGUGCUCUCCGACUACUGCUGCUACCUGGUGUCGUCCGCGCCGGAGCUGCUGCCGGGCCACAGCUUCGACGCGCAGCUGCUCUUCCAGAAGGUGCAGAGCAACGCGCAGCAGAUAUUCAGAGGAUGCCGGCGUAUAGACGACAUGUACGACUGGCUGGAGAGUUUGUACAGUGGACAGGGAGAUCCCGUUUCUGGAGAUACAUUGGUCGAGGGUGCUAAACUCGGGAUUCAACUGCUGCGGAAGACGCCGGAGGUGCGGUGGAAGGUGCUCGACGAGGUAUGGGUGGAGAUGCUGCUGUCGGUGGCGCCGUCCGAAAACGUGACCGGGCACGUCCGGAAGCUGGCGACCGGCGGCGAGCUCAUCACGCAUCUCUGGGCCUUGUUGACGCACGCCGGCAUUGUGGAUACGCGGUUGAACCGCUACCAGCGGAGAGGCCCUUGACUAAUGGUGGGGUUCGCAUUUUGGACCAUCCCGCCGAGUCCAUCCAGUAGUAUAUGUUGUUUGGGACAGGGGGAGUAGUAGUUGGCUGAAUUCUACCCAUUGUCUCCUAUAAAAUACAGUUUGAACGUUCAUUCCAUGUUGAUAAAACUAUCAAGUUCAUGUU